AUGUUGAGAAAUAUAAUUCUUUCAAAUAAUAAAAAGUUAAUAAACCAAACAACCACCACCUUUUCAACUAUACCUCGUUCUCUUACAAUUGGUUUAAUACGUUCAUAUCAUGAAAAGGUCAUUGAACAUUAUGAACGACCACGAAAUGUUGGUUCACUUCCAAAAUCAGAUCCAGAUGUUGGUACAGGACUUGUAGGAGCACCGGCUUGUGGAGAUGUUAUGAAACUUCAAAUAAGAGUUGAUGAACAAAGUGGUAAAAUAGUUGAUGUAAAAUUUAAAACAUUUGGAUGUGGUUCUGCUAUAGCGUCUUCAAGUUUUAUGACAGAACGUGUACGUGGAAUGUCAUUGGAUGAAGCUAGUAAAAUAAAAAAUACAGAAAUCGCCAAAGAAUUAUCCUUGCCACCUGUUAAAUUACAUUGUUCAAUGCUUGCUGAAGAUGCUAUAAAAUCUGCAAUAAAGGAUUAUAGGAAGAAAAAAGAAAUUGCAUAA